AAAGAGGUGAUCCGAGGCAGCCAGCGUGGCUUCACCAAGGGCAGAUCGUGCCUGACCAAUCUGGUGGCCUCCUGUGAUGGAGUGACGGCAACAGUGAACAGGGGAAGGGUGACGGAUGCCAUCUUCCUGGACUUCUGCAAAGCCUUUGACAUGGUCCCUCACCAUAUCCUUCUCUCUAAAUUGGAGAGGCACGGAUUGGAAAGAUGGACUGUUCAAUGAACUAAGAACUGGUUGGCUGGUCGCAGCCACAGGGUUGCGAUUGAUGGUUCUAUGUCUGGGUGGAAGCUGGUCACCGGUGGCGCCCCCCAAGGGUCGUCCUUGGGACCGGCGCUCUUCCCCAGUUUUAUCAGUGACACAGACGAUGGAAUCGAGUGCACCCUCAGCAAGUGUGUAGACGACACCAAGCUGAGCAGUGCAAUUGAUACACCGGAAGGAAGGAAAGGCAUCCAGAGGGCCUUGGGCACACUGGAGAAGUGGGUCCACGUGAAGCUCAUGAGCUUCAACAAGGCCAGAUGCAAGGUGUCGCACUUGGGCCGGGGAAAACCCAGGUAUCUAUAUAGGCUUGGGGAGGAUCUCCUUGAGAGCAGCCCCUGUGGAGAAGGGCUUGGCGGUCCUGCUAGAUGAGAAGCUGGACGUGAGCCAGCAGCGUGCGUUUACAGACCAGCCGUCUAUCAUCUGUGAAAAGUCAUGGAGAACAGGAGAGAUGCCUGAAGACUGGAGGAUAGCCAAUGUCAUUUUAAUCUUCAGAAAGAUCAGCAAGAGGGACUCAGGCAACUAUAGGCCAGUCAGUCUCCCAUCCAUCCCGGGGAAAGUGUUAGAACUACUUAUUCUGGAUAUCAUCUUGAAGCAGGCGGAAAAAAAGGAAAAAAAAAAUAAUUAUCCAGAGUAGUAAGCAGAGAUUUGCUAAGAAAAAACAGUGCUUGACUACUGUGGUAGCCUUUGUAGAUGUCAUGUCAUGACUGGCUGGGUAGGUGGCUUAGUCGCCUGGCUUAAUGCUGGAUCUGAUAGACAUUUUGAAUCGCAGGAUCCUGGAAUGGCUUGGGUUGGAAGGGACAUUAAAGUCCAUCAGGUUCCAAACUCCUGCAGUGCGUUGGUUGCCACCCACUAGGUCAGGCUGCUUGGAGCCCUAACCAGUGAGGCCUUGAACAUCUCCACAGAGGGAGGCUCUCUAGACGUGGGGGCUCUCCCAUCAGCUGGAUGAGCAGGGAUGCUCCAGUGUGACUCUAGGACUGCAGCCCUGGACAAGGGACAGCUCCUCUCCUGUCUCUGGCAUGGUGCCCGUUGACCUGCCAGCAGGUCAAAGAAAGCAGACCUCGGAAGUUUGCCUGAAGCACUUUGUAUGCAGGCUUGAAGGGAAUCAUGCCCUUCCUAUGCCACUUUGCCUCGGGGAAUUGUAUGAGGGUUGAAGCUUUGAUGUGUGAAGGCUUGGAUAGGAAAGGAUCCUAAAACCCACCCAAGCCCAAGUGCCUGCCUUGGGAGCGCUGCCACCCAGCAGGUCAGGUUGGAACAGGGCCCUGUCCAACCUGGCCUGGAGUGUCUGCAGGGAUGGGCACCCACGGCCUCUCUGGGCAGCUGUGCCAGGGCCUCACCACCCUCCGAGUGAGGAAUUCCCUCUCACAGUUCCCCUGGCCUCCACUUUUCUCAGGUCAAAACCGCUCCCCCUUGUCCUCUCACCAUCAGACCAUGGAAAGUCAGUCAGCACACGCACUAGAAAUGCUGGCUGUGCUGUCGACCCGCAGACCUUUACUAGACUCUCUGCUGUGACGCCCCGGCACAAGCGCGGUGCGAAAGGCCUGAGGGAGGCCAUGCUUGCUCCCUGCUGGUGCAAGCACCCUGCUGAUGCAAGCACCCUGCUGAUGCAAGCAGCGGGCCCAACGCUCUGUGCUGCCCACAGGAGCUGCUGCCCUCUUGUGUGGGUGCCACGCCCUCAGCCCUGUGAGGUGGUGGCCGUGAUGUCACAGUGGUGUCAGGGAGCGGCCAUUGUGACACGCGGGGCUGGGAGCAGAGCAAAGGCUGCUGGGCUGGGGCCGUGCUCAGUGCGGCCUGGUGAGGCGUGGAGAGAGCAGCGACUCUCUUGUUUCUCGCCAUCGAUGCCGAACAUGUCUGGAAGGAAGAAGGAGGCCCCCAAGUCUGGGAAGCCAGUGUGCAUGCUGUGCCGCAGGGCACGGGUCGACCCGGACAUCUGCGGGCAGACAUCUGCCGAUGGUGGGCUCUGUGCCCACCGCUUCUGCUUGUUCUUUGCCAACGGCCUUUUGAAAUGGAAACGCCCUACGGGGGGAAUUUUUGGCUUCCCCCCGGAUGCCAUCCAGCACACAAUCCAGCUGGCAGACCAGAAGCGCUGCUUUGUCUGUCGUGGGAAGGGAGCUGCCAUCAGCUGCGCAGAGACAGGCUGUGAGCGCAGCUUCCAUCUGCCCUGCGCCGAGAAGGGGGAAUGCGUCACGCAGUACUUUGGGCAGCACAGGUCCUUCUGCUGUGAGCAUCGCCCUCGGCAGGCAGCGGAGGCAGCUCCAUCUCACAACACUCUCUGCGUCAUCUGCCUGGAGCCCGUGGGGGACAGCACGUCCUACCACACCAUGGUGUGCCCGACGUGCAAACAGGCCUGGUUCCACCGGGGCUGCAUCAGGAAACAGGCCAUGCAUGCUGCCACCAUGCUCUUCGUCUGCCCUGUCUGCAGAGGAAAAGCGCGAUUCCGUGCCAAAAUGGCUAAGCUGGGGAUCCAAAUUCCAGUCAGACGACCAUCUUGGUGGGAUGAUGAAGCGUACCAGGCGCUGCGAGAAAGGCACAGGCGCUGUGACGUCAGCAUCUGCUAUUACCGAAGAGGCAGGGAGGAGGCAGAGGAACAGGGGCUCUGGCAGCUGCUCCUCUGCCGCUCCUGUGCCGCAAAUGGCACGCACUGGUACUGCUCCUACUGGUACAGCAGAGGAGGCACCUGGGAGUGCGAUACCUGUGCUGGUGAGGCCAUUGCGUCCCGCCGCAACUACGACCUCGGCAUCCCCAGCACUUCCAGCCAGAUGGCACCGGGGCCAUCCCCGGCAGCUGCACCCAGAAAGCAUCCCAGGCAGCGGGGGACUGGCCGCACAAGAAGCCGUUCCCCAUUGCAAGGUCGGGCCUCAGGCUCCCAGAGUCGGCCCCGAAGAUGCCGUGGCACCAGCCGUACAACAGCCCGAGGUGCUCAGAGCAGCACUCGCACCUCGGCCAGACCAGCACCACCGAGGUCCUCGAGGGCUUCCCCUCUGCCUGCACGCAGGAGGCAAUCCAGGCAGCGAGGGCGGGCCCACACUCGAAGCCGAUCCCCAGUGGGGCGUCGCGCUUCGACUUCCCGCAGCCGGCCCCGAGGAGGCCGUGGGAGCCGGUCCAGGCAGCGGGGACCGGCCCGGGCACCAAGCCGCUCCCGGGCCCAACAUCGCAGAAGACGUCCCCGCAGCCGGUCCCAAAGGCGGCGCUGAAGCAGCCACCCUGUUCCAUCCCCACGUGACGGUUGUGCUUCCAAGCGGCAAAGAAAAUAAACCGUGAAGAGAGUCCACACAUAUUGGCUUCAUUCUUCAGUGGACCAGCCCGGGCACAAAGCCUCUCUCAGGUGCAGCAACAGAGAAGACGUCCCCAUAGCCACCAGCAUCAGAGAAGACGUCCCCACAGCCAGUCCCAAAGACGGUGCAGAAGCGGCCGUGUCCCAUCCCCACGUGAUGGCUGUGGUUCCAAGCAGCUAAGAAAAUAAACCUUCAACAUACUCCACAUGUGUUGGCUUCAUUCUUCUCUGCUUGUCCUGCGGUGGGCACUGUUAGGGGCUGAGACCGCAGCGUUGUCUUCUCCCCAGCACCUUCCCAGGUGGAGUUAUCUUUAGAUUUAUCUGUGCCUGUGACAGAGGGCUGCGAGCCCACAGGCCCACCAGUCCGAACAAAAGGGGCUACAGAGGGGUGCCAACAGUUUACAGCCCAGUUCAGCCAGCUGCUGUGAUAUAACGGGGGCAGGGACCCACAGACACCCACACCCCGGGAAAGGGGAAAGGAGAAAACUGGGGAAGGGCACGGAGACGGGAGACAGGCCUGAAACCAAAACAGUGGCAAUGAUGUGAGGAGGAAAGACGGUUUCCCAGAUCAUAGAAUCACAGAAUCAUAGAAUCACAAGGUUGGAAGGGACCUGCAAGAUCAGCUAGUCCAAUCGUCCUCCCAUUACCCUUGCUACCACAAGCCACUAAACCAUAUCUCGUAGCUCCUCAUCCAGGAUGAGGACAGGAGAACAGACUGAAACAGAAAAGGACACAGCUAAGAUGUUAGCAGAAAUACAGGAGUGCUGUAGAAACGCUUACUUACUGAGCAUCUGUCAGCAGUGUCAGUGAUUUUCCCUUGGCCAUGUGCCAAACACUUAAAAUUUUCUUCAUUCCUAUACUACUUGCCAUGUAAACUGAGGUCAUAUGCUAGUUUCUAUGGCGCUAUUCUGUGUUCAUUUCACUCCUCUUGCUAUCGAUCCUUGAAAUAAUGCUCUAGGUGUGGGUGAGAGGAGUGGGUUACAUCCCACUGUUCCAACGGAACAAGUGCAAGACCUCCUCAUGAAGCUGAAUGCAUGAAAGUGAGCCCGUGGGGCCAGAUGAUAUCCAUCCUAGGGCUCUGAGAGAGAGGGCUGAUGUGGUUGCCGAGCCGCCCUCCAUCGUCUUGGACAAACCAUGGCUGUUGGGUGAAAUCCCCAAUGACUGGAAAAAGGGAGACGUUACUCCCAUUUUUAAGAAAGGGAGAAAGGAUGACUCAGGGAACUACGGGCUGCUGAGCCUCACCUCUGUGCCUGGGAAGAUCAUGGAGCAGAUCCUCCUGGUUACCAUGUUAAGGCACAUAGGAGACAAAGAGGUGAUCCGAGGCAGCCAGCGUGGCUUCACCAAGGGCAGAUCGUGCCUGACCAAUCUGGUGGCCUCCUGUGAUGGAGUGACGGCAACAGUGAACAGGGGAAGGGUGACGGAUGCCAUCUUCCUGGACUUCUGCAAAGCCUUUGACAUGGUCCCUCACCA